GUCGUUCCGUAGGUACCAGUAGUUCACAUGAAGAAAGCGACAGCAAGUAAGGACGACGACAUUCCCCCUUGCAGUCCCAUACAUAAGAACCAUCUGUACCUUUGGUCUAGGCCGUGCAACCUGGUUGUUCGCUUGUCCAGUCGUACUGACUGUCGACAACUUGGAGAAAGGCAGCAAGUCUAGGUCCAGUCCAUUCAAGUCGUCCUUAAUUUCAACAAACAAACAAAAUGAUUGCCAUCGGUCUCGAAGGCUCCGCCAACAAACUAGGAGUAGGCGUGAUUCUGCAACCCCUGAAAGGAGGGCCGGCGCAAAUCCUAUCUAACAUCCGGGACACGUACGUGUCGCCGCCUGGAGAAGGCUUCUUGCCCAAGGACACGGCCAAGCACCACCGGGCCCAUGUCGCGCGGCUAGUCAAGCAAGCCAUGGCGGAGGCGGGGGUGAAAUUGCAGGACAUUGACUGUAUCUGCUACACCAAGGGACCUGGGAUGGGAGCACCACUGCAGAGCAUCGCCAUCGCCGCCAGGACGCUGAGUCUGCUGUGGAACAAACCGCUCGUCGGGGUCAACCAUUGCGUCGGCCACAUCGAGAUGGGGCGGGAGAUCACGGGGGCCACGAAUCCGGUCGUCCUAUACGUCUCCGGAGGCAACACUCAAGUCAUUGCCUACAGUACGCAGCGCUAUCGCAUCUUCGGCGAGACCCUGGACAUCGCCGUCGGCAAUUGUCUGGACAGAUUUGCGCGGACACUGAACAUUUCCAACGACCCGGCCCCCGGUUAUAACAUCGAGCAGUUGGCCAAGAAGGGCAAAGUCCUCUUGGACCUUCCGUACGCGGUCAAAGGCAUGGACUGUUCAUUCAGCGGAAUACUGGCCCGGGUUGACGAACUCGCGGGUAACAUGAGGGCCGGCACACUCAAGGACCCUAUCACUGGAGACGUGGUCACCCCGGAAGAUCUCUGCUUCUCUCUUCAAGAAACUGUUUUUGCUAUGCUGGUCGAGAUCACCGAGAGAGCCAUGGCCCACGUCGGCUCAAACCAGGUCUUGAUUGUCGGCGGCGUGGGGUGCAACGAGAGACUUCAAGAGAUGAUGGGCAUCAUGGCCAAGGAUCGCGGUGGUAGCGUCUAUGCUACUGAUGAAAGAUUUUGCAUCGACAAUGGUAUCAUGAUUGCCCACGCUGGUCUCCUUGCCUACAAAACCGGCUUCUCAACUCCGCUGGAGGAAAGCACUUGCACACAGAGAUUUCGCACAGACGACGUUCACGUCGCGUGGAGAGAAGAUUGAAUUUCACCCAAAGUAUUCUAUGCUGCGGUGGGGGCUUCCCACCUUACGAGCACACGCGAAGCAUACAAUGAGAGAGGCUCCUCUUGGUCCUCGUUUGAUCAUCAAGUCAUGAAAUCGUUGAUGCCCGAAAUGCAAUCAAUGCUCGCCAACAAAACAACACGCAACCCGCGGCACCCGCUACCAUUCAUCGCUAUUGAGCCGUCUGGAACUGAGGCACUGGUUUGAAUGAAAUUGUCGUCACGUACUAAAACAGGCCGGUUAGCAUGCAGAAAGCGCUCGUCAAGGGCCACACUCACCUUCUUCUUGUAUCGGGUCGUCACACUGGUCGCCAACACACCGUUCUUAACACUGCUGGUCAUGAGAUGGUUCAAGACGGUGUGGUUGGGCAGGGUGAGGACGCUGUUAUCGUCCUUGACCGGUAGUACGCCAUUUAAGAUGGAUCUGCUUAGGAAGAGAGGCAGGGCUGGAGGUGCUGGGCUUUCUUGGAUGACUCGGACCGCAUUAUGAUACCGGUGGUCAUCCUCUGGAAGGUCAAUAUCCAACAGGGCUUGUGGAACAAGUUGCCGGAAAUCGCCUUCUGGAAUCUCCUCUGCUUGAGGCUCUCCCAUCUCGGAAACAGGUGUAUGAGUUCCAGAUCGACCGUGCUCAUGCUCGACGGCCGCAAGUGCUGACGAUUUACUACCUGUUUGGGCGCUUUCCCUCCUCGGCUUGGUAAGGUCCUCUGUGGCAACCUCGAUGUAAUUGACGAGAAAAUUGUUGAAGUCGACCGCCGUCGGCAGAUCCGGGCUCGUGACCAUUUCACCGUCCACCACGAAUUUAAGAUGAUGCGUGCCAGAGGGAAGAUUAAUGGUGGUGAACAUGCCAGGACCGUUCUUUCUGUUAUAAUGUCAGCCUGCUAUAGCAGAGGGCGGCCCUGCAAGGUAUAUUAUGGCGCCGAUGGACAAGAAAGCUUGUCCGUAACUCGGGCUCGACGGACCCAAGCACCUCGUGGCAUGGUUCAAGGGUGUCGUGUCUGACACAACAAAAUAAAGAAUCAAAAGGAUGAAACCCA